AUGGCGUCCCUCUCCCCUUCCCUCCACCUCCCUUGCAAUUCAAGAACUGGCUUCCUUGAAAAGACACAUGGGAUUCGUCCUCGUGUUCUCCCUGCUGGAAGAGUUGGAUUUGUCAGAACAGUAGUGGAAUGCAAGGAAUCUAGAAUUGGAAAGCAGCCGAUCGAAGUUCCAUCUAACGUUACUCUGACAUUAGAAGAGCAGUUUGUCAAAGCUAAGGGUCCGCUAGGGGAGUUAUCUCUCAGCUUUCCAGGUGACGUGAAGAUUGUGAAAGAAGAAUCUGGUAAGCUGAGAGUUUAUAAGACUGCAGAGACCAAGAGGGCGAACCAGAUGCAUGGACUUUUCAGAACAUUGACAGACAACAUCAUCGUUGGUGUGUCCAAAGGAUUCGACAAGAAGCUUCAGUUAGUGGGCGUCGGGUAUCGUGCGGCGGUGGAGGGCAACGAUCUCGUGAUGAACCUGGGAUUCUCCCACCCUGUUCGGAUGGCCAUUCCUGAAGGCCUGGCGGUCAAGGUGGAAGAGAACACGAGGAUCAUCGUGAGCGGCUAUGACAAGAGCGCGAUCGGUCAGUUUGCUGCCACCAUAAAGAAGUGGAGGCCACCUGAGCCAUACAAGGGGAAGGGUAUCAGAUAUAUGGAUGAAGUUGUCAGAAGGAAGGAAGGAAAAGCUGGGAAGAAGAAAUAG